UUCGUUAUCUUGCCAUACGCCUCCAGGAGGGUUGAUUCCGGCUUGGAAAGCCAUAGUGGCUAUCAGUGAAGACACCAACAUAAGGGAAGCAUCGCUUCCAAUUAUGACUGAAAUGACCAUUUUGCCCUUAGGUGAUUUUGUGCUACUUAAAGGUUCCCCGAGUAGUCAUAACGAAUCACGAUCAUAUUAAAAAAAUUAUCGAGCGGUUUCACUCAAAGUUUCCUUUUCAAAAUUCCCGAGUCCAAAAAUCCCGAGUCCCAAAAUCCCGAGUAGUCGGUUUUUUUAAAAUUUUCUUCACAAAAUUUUUCUGGAGGUGAAUUUACCGGCUUAAGAUGUGGAAUGACGGCAACGAUCGCACACUGGAGGCAUCUUCGGAAGAUUCUGGUUCGGAGUACGAAGAUGGUGCCGACGAUGUGAAUUAUAGUGCGCAUUUUGCCACAGACACGUUGUUUCCAACGUUUGAUGAGGCAGUUAAUUGGGCGAAUGUUGUUGCCGUAAAUCUGGGUUUUCUUUUGGUUAAAUCGUCUUACAACAAAACCAGAGACGGUCGGCCGUACCGGUAUUUGAGGUGUGAUAGGGGCCGAAAGAGCCAGCCGAGAGAUCUUGAGAAUGCAAUUAGGAGGGACACCAAAACCAAAGCAAUUGGUUGUCCUUUCUACAUCAAGAUUUAUUAUGUCUUCGUCACCGACAGUUGGAAGAUCCGGGCCAAGAAUGAUGCAACUGGGACCCAUAACCAUCCAAUGAUUGUCUAUCCGGAGGGUCAUCGUAAGAUCAGUGGCUUGAGCUCGGAUGCGAAGAAGGUUGUCCAGGACAUGACAAAGUCCAAGGUUGCACCGCGGAACAUCAUGGCGACAAUUGCUGAGCAAUUUCCCGAUGAUCAUCCAAACAUCCGACAUAUCUAUAACUGUCGGAAUGACUUGAGAGCGGAGAUGUCUGAUGGGAGAGGAGUUGUUCAUCAAUUUCUGCAUUUGGCGAGAGAGAGCCGGUAUAUUUACUGGGUCAUGUCUGAUGAUGUCGGUGUUCUGCAGCAUGCGUUUAUGGUGCACCCGAUCACGGUGAACAUACUACGGACGUACCCGUAUGUGAUCGGCAUGGCUUUGACAUACAAGACCAACCGAUACGGGAUGCCGUUCUUUGAGAUAGUCGGUGUGACACCGACAAAUCAGAAUUUCCUCGUCGGUUAUGUGUUCAUGCGCAACAAGUGCACGGGAAGCUACCGGUGGGUUCUACAGAGAUUAAGAGAGUUGAUUGGGUAUGAUAAGGAGCCGUCAGUAUUUCUGACAGACCGUGAGCUUGGACUUUGUGCGGCAUUGAGAGAAGAGUUUCCCGGGACGUCGCAUUUGCUUUGUCGGUGGCACAUUAACAAAGAUGUGGAGGCUCGGGUCACUAGUAUGUUCAAGAACAAGAAGAUUGGGGCGCAAUUCAAAAACGGUCCUUGGAAACGUAUCAUGGAUGCCACGACUGAGGCGGAUUAUAACUCAGCUGUAGACAGAAUGAAAACCCGGUGGGCCAGUUUUCCAAAUGUGAUUAGUUAUGUCGAGAGAACCUGGCUUUGUCAUAAGACCAAAUUCGUCACAUUCUGGACGAACCAGGUUCUGCACCUCGGUAACACGAGCACUUGCCGAGUUGAGAGUCAACAUUCGGCCGUGAAGAUGUGGUUCGAAUCUUCGACAGGUUCUUUGGAUACCGUAUGGGCCCGAGUACAUAGUCAUAUUGGCAACCAGAUCAUUGCCAUACGUAAUUCACUGGAGGCGUCAAGGUCGAAGAUCGGUGAGAAGUACAGACAGUUGCCACUGUCUCGUAUUAACGGCAAGGUGUCACAGCAUUGUCUGAAAGUACUAGAUGACGAGACAAGAAGGAUGACGGAGCUGAGUUACCAGGUGCAUGAACGUUGUGGAUGUGCAAUGCGUGUGACCCACGGUUUGCCAUGCGCUUGCCAGAUACAUGACUCGUUGGUUGCGCAAACAGGCUUGUAUAGAAGGCAAAUUCAUCCGUUCUGGAAGACCUUGGUCAUCGGCGACGGUGUUAAUGUACCGGAGUUCGUGAACGAUUGUAACGAGGAUGCUGCACAUUUCCGUUCCUUGGUUGAUGAGGUCGUUGCUAGUGAUCCUGCUGUACUUCGAAAUGUAUCUCGCAUUAUUGAGGAGGAGCUGCAUCCGGAUCAUUCAAACCUCGAAGAACCGCAAGUGAAUCACAACGUUCGAGGUCGCCGAAGGAACAACGAUACUAGACGACAUCACAGUUACUUCGAACAUGUGGACCGUCGAUACACUGAACGUCGUACGCAGCAAACAGUGACAGAAGAUCAAGGUGACAUCCGCCAAUGCCGAUAUUUGCACUUGCUCCCAGGACCGAUGUUGCCUUACAUCACGGGUUGGAAGGACGUCAUUGGCGAUGGUAACUGCGGAUUUCGUUGUGUGGCCGACUUCUUCCUCGGAGAUCAAGGGAAUUGGUAUGACGCUCGGGAAAUACUAGCGAACGAGGUCGCCGCUCACCCCUUCUUGUACGAAAGGAUAUACGGGAUAGGAAGGGUGUGGCUGAAUGUGGAUCGCAUUCGAUGGGAUGGUGGGGCUGUUGAUUCACGGCACUGGAUGGUUGCUAUUCAAGAUUUAUUUCCCAUUGCUACUUGGUUCAACGCAGUGGUUAUAAUUCUUGGUGUAGGUAACGACCCGACCUGCUAUUACCCUUGUCUCACCAUCUUACCGCUGCGGGCACGAGCCGGGGUCAGAGCACCAACCCGGGAAUUUGUCAUCGCUACAGUUGGGGGGUCACAUUUCAUCUGCAUUGAUCUAGUCGACAAUUCACCUCUUCCUCCGAUCGCAGGAUGGUGGACAGAGAACCGCGAGCCAAGUGUCGGUGGAUGGGAUCAGCUGUAUAUCGCUAGAAGGAACAUGUGGGAUGCAUUAGUUGCCCAGUGAACAUUAUUAAGGUAAUUAGGUUGAACAUAUUUAUGUAAUUAGGUUGAAUAGAUAUAUGUAAUUAGGCUGAACAUAUUUAUGUAAUUAGGUUGAAAGACGAACUUAUGUAAUUAGAUUGAACACAUACAUGUAAUUAGGUUGAAUACAUAAAUGUAAUUAGGAUGAACUUAUUUAUGUUAUUACGUUGGAAGACGAAUUUAUGUAAUUACGCUGAUCAGAUUUAUGUAAUUUAGGUUGAACAGUUCUACGGAUAUAAUAUAAGGAAAUCAA